CCCGGAAGCGGAGGGAGGGUUGUGAGUAUUAGUUCGUGCGGCUGUUGUGCCUGUGGCGGCGAGGCAACCUUAAGGUCGAGGUCCUCGAUGGCUUCGCGGGUUCCGGGCGUCGGUGCUUUAUUGGUCUUACUGCUGGUUCCGGCUGGGCUGGGGGGAGCCGUCGCUGAAGACAGCGACUGGGUUAAAUUACCCAAUAAAUGCGAAGUUUGCAAGUAUGUUGCUUUGGAACUGAAGACUUCCUUCGAUGAAACUGGCAAGACCAAGGAGGUGAUUGACACAAAAUAUGGCUUUCUGGAUGGCAAGGGAUCCAAAAUCAAGUACACAAAAUCGGACAUUCGAUUUAUCGAGGUGACAGAAAACAUCUGUAAGAGGCUUUUGGAGUACAAUUUGCACAAAGAAAGAUCAGGAAGCAACAGAUUUGCAAAGGGUAUAUCUGAGACUUUUGCAACUCUUCAUAACUUGGUGCACAAAGGAGUAAAAGUAGUGAUGGACAUUCCAUAUGAUUUAUGGAAUGAAACCUCUGCAGAAGUGGCUGAUCUUAAGAAACAGUGCGAGACAAUGGUGGAAGAAUAUGAAGAUGUGAUUGAAGAUUGGUAUAAAAACCAUCAACAAGAAGACAUUUCCCAGUUUCUAUGUGCAAAUCAUGUGUUGAAAGGAAAGGAUGCCAGCUGUCUGGCAGAAACGUGGACUGGGAAAAAAGGAGACAUGGCAAAUGCAGGGCAGAAGACCAAGAAAAAGGAAGGCAAGGCAAAAAAGCCUUCAAAAAAUAAAAAACGCUCCAAGGCUGAUCAAGAAAGAGAAAACUCGCAACCAAGCACAUUAGAGUCACCUGAUCAGACUGAAAAGGAAGAUGAUGAUGAUGAUCAGAAGCUGGCUUCACUUUCACACAACCCAGAUGAACUGUAGGAUCUUCAGACUCGCGUUCCAGCCACACUUGUCUUGUGGGUUUGCAAGCUUGUAUUUGGACUACGGAGAAUUGCAGUGGCCAUGGGGGUUGCAAGAAGAUCCAUAUUGUUGUGAAGGGGAAGUGAAGAAAUGGGCAAUGAUCAUAGUCACCUGAAACUGAAUUCUUCAGUGUUACUACACCUCAGCAAAGGCAAGGUACAGGAAGCCAGCUUGUUACUUGCAUUCCUUGGCGAACAGUCAAAUUAGAAGUGCUGUGGACAAUGCAGUUGAGCUGCUGACUAUAGUCUAUGUGACUUGUCUUUGGAAACUGAGUUUGCUGCCCUCAUUAAUUCCCUAGCCCAUCGCUUUUGACUUGCCGGACAACAUUGAUGAAAAAAGAGAAAUGAAAAGGAAAGCAUAAAUGAAAACACUCUGAACCUGUGGCAGUUCAUUUUCCUGCCUUAUUCCUGGAUUUGGCUGUAAUCGGACAGGUCUCUAACUUGUACAUUCUAUUAGGGGGUGAAAAUCAUUUACUGCUGUCCUUCCUUAUUAAACAGAACACGGUUCAUUUGAGAGGAAGUGAGAAUGAAGGUUCUGUCAGGAUAAAGGGCAUUGAAUUUCUCUUCUGUUUCUUUUUUUAAAGUUCUUACAGUAAGGAAUCAAUUCUGCAGUCAUUUCAAUAAGAGGAGCAUAUACAGAUAUCUUUGUUGAUGCUUCCAAUCCCCAAAAUUAGUUUCUGGACAUACCAGUCAUGCUUACCAUUUUCCGAAGUUUUGUUUUUUGUUUUUUAAUAAAAAUGUAGGGUAUUUUUUGCAUAA